CCUGGCAGGAUGUUGAAUCAAUUAUCGAGAACGAUAUUGGUGUACUGUUUACAGUCUGCACAUAACGUUACUGAUGUGAAAAUGGCUGAUAAACAGCAACCUGGCCUUAAGAGUGGGAAAAUUGCAGCUGGUGCAGUUGUCUGUGUGGAAAGUGAGAUCAGAGGAGAUGUCACCAUAGGUGCUCGCACAGUGGUCCAUCCCAAAGCUCGCAUUAUUGCUGAAGCAGGACCUAUAAUAAUUGGUGAAGGGAACCUGAUAGAGGAGCAGGCUCUCAUUAUUAACAGUUAUCCUGAGAAUAUCAUGCCAGAGUCUGUUGAUGUGGAACCCAAAACUAUGUCAAUUGGCAUCAAUAAUGUCUUUGAAGUUGGAUGUGUCUCUCAGGCUUUGAAGAUUGGGGAUAACAAUGUCAUUGAAUCCAAAGCUGAUGUGGGGAGGAAUGUGAUUCUGACGAGUGGCUGCAUCAUUGGAGCGUGUUGCCAGGUGAACACAUUUGAGGUCAUUCCAGAGAACACUGUCAUCCACGGCUCAGGGUGCAUGCGUCGCAUCCAGACAGAGAAACCACAGCCUCAAACUCUCCAACUUGAUUUCCUCAUGAAGAUUCUUCCAAAUUAUCACCAUCUUAAAAAGACAGUAAAAUCUGCCAAGAACUAACCUCAGAAACAGGUUUGAUGAAGAGCACAACACCAAGAGUACUGUAUCCCUCUUACGGAGAAGAAUGGAAUGAAAUGGACCUGGCAGCUGGACUGAUAGACUGUGCUCUGAAAUGAUUGUGUCUUCAGGAGUUCAUGGAGUAGGGCUACAGUGAUAUCACUCAUUAUUCUAACAAAGUUUUGGGCUUUGUGCGGACUCUUUUCUUGAAGUGUACUGAACGACCACCGAAGCAGUAACAUCAACAAAGGUAGUUUGAUAAGAUUGAUUAUCACUAAACAAUUUUCACUACUGGUGUUUCCAGCCUUAUAGACAUUCCAGGCUAUUAUUUGUAUUAUUUUGUUGUCAUUACAUUAUUUUUGUUAUCAUUAAAUUAAGAUCUGUGUGACAUCUUUUUA